AUGACGGCAAUCAAGAAAAAGAUGCACGGCAUGAAAACUUUGAAGGAAUCAGUGUUUGAUGAAGUUGAUCAACUUGAUCAAAAACUUCUCGAACAGAAAGCCAUUUACGAAAAGGUUUACGAGGAAAUCUUGCAGUUGAACAAGCGCAUUGUACAAAUCCAAACUGACCUUGGAGUCGUCCAACAAAAUGCCCAGGAAGCAACUGAAAAACUGGAUGCAACAACCAAACAACUCACCACUGCUGAAGCAGAGAUGGUAUCAUUAGGAAAAACCGUCAGAUCUUUGGAAGAGGAUUAUGAAUCCACAGAAAACCGCCUAUUGCAGACUACGACAAAACUUGAACAAGCGGCAAAAUCUUUUGAAGAAAGCGACAGAGGGAGAAAAGUUCUGGAGAACCGCAUCGCCAUAGACGAAGAGCGCAUGGUAAUUCUGGAGAAAGAACUCGAAGUAACCAUUUUAUUUGGCGAAGAUGCCGACAGAAAGUAUGAAGAAACUGCUCGCAAGUUGGCCAUCACUGAAGUUGAUUUGGAAAGAUCAGAAGGAAGAGUUGCUCUUGCGGAGGCAAAAAUAAUUGAAUUAGAAGAUGAAUUGAAAGUUGUGGGUAACAACUUCAAAUCUUUGGAAAUUGUCCAACAAGAAGCAAAAACGUAUGAAUUAACAAUUCAGAAUCUCACUGACAGCUUGAAAGAUGCCGAGAACCGCGCAAUUUUGGCUGAGAGGGCAGUGACAAUGUUGCAGAAAGAAGUCGAUCGAUUGGAAGGCAACGAAAAAGACAAAUUCAGAUUGGUGCUUGGAGAAUUGGAUUCAACCAUCACCGAGCUCACAGGCUUCUAA